CUUGACAGGAUUAAAUAGCUCGCUGCGAAGUAUCUAUUAACUGUGCUUAUGCCCUAUCAGUAACGAAGUCGUUGUCCUACGAAAGAAGCUUACUUCUCUUUGCGUAAAGGCAAACCGAAAGAAUAGUCGGAAAGGGCCUGCUAGCUUGUAUUGUUUUCAAUUCAAGCCUUAUUUAUGCACGGAGCGCCAGCCCUAGCCUCCAGAGUUUCCAGAGGCCCGUACAGGGUAACCUUAAGAGCGAAGAGUUACGCUACGAGGCGAGCACCGGCUGUUGUUAUGGCGCAAGGUCAAAAUGUGGAGCCGGAGGUGCUGUCGGAAAUCAAGGGAUCAGUAGCCUUCGUGACCCUCAACAGGCCCAAGGCGCUCAACUCCCUCAGCGUGGGCAUGGUGCGUGACCUCCUGCAUUUGCGGGGGGGAAGGUUGCAGCGGAGUGGAGUAUAACGAAACCGUGGUGUUUAGGGCAGCGGUUGAGCGGCUGCUGGCACUGAACACGGAGUUCAGCGCUCCGGGCUCCCCGGUGGCAUGCGUGGUGCUGCGGGGGGCGGGCGGGAAGGCCUUCUGCGCGGGCGGCGAUGUGAAGGAGCUGGUGCUGCGCGCACGUGCGGGGGACCCCGGGUACGGCGUGGGCUUCUUCCGUACCGAGUACCUGAACAACGCAGCAAUCUCGCAGCUGCCGGUGCCGUACAUCGCCGUCAUGGACGGCAUCACGUUUGGCGGCGGAGUGGGGGUGUCGUACCAUGGGCGCUUCCGAGUGGCUACGGAGAGCCAUGCCCGAGGCGGGUAUUGGGCUGUUCCCGGACAUCGGCGCCUCCUUCUUCCUGCGCCAACUGCCCGGGCAGCUGGGGCGGUACAUGGGCCUCACGGGGGAGCGGCUGGCGGGCAUGGAGGUGAAGGACGCGGGUUUCGCCACCCAUCUCAUCCACUCCUCGCGCCUCCCUGAGCUGGAAUCGCGGUUGGUGGCGCUGGGGGCGGGUGCGGCGGACCUGGGUGCAGUCAACCAGCUGCUGUGCGAGCUGGAGGGACCGCUGCAGGCAGCAGCAGGAGGAGGGGGAGG